UAAAGCUCCCUAGCGAUAAAGGAAACCUGACAGGCUAGAGCAACAUGGCGGCGCUCAUCAGAACCAUCAACAGAAGCAUUUUCAUCUCCAGGAUGGGUCAUCCAUGUUUAGCCCUCGGCGGCUCCGCUACUGUGGCUAAAUCAGUUGGUGGAAGUUCAAGUAAACGUCUUCCUGAUAGAGUGAAGAUAGUGGAGGUCGGACCCCGAGAUGGGCUUCAAAAUGAGAAGACAAUUGUACCUGCAGAAACAAAGAUUCGAUUAAUUGACAUGUUGUCCGAUUCCGGCUUGUCAGUCAUUGAAUCCACCAGCUUUGUGUCCCCCAAAUGGGUUCCACAGAUGGCUGACCAGAUGGAGGUCAUGAAGGGGAUCCGUAGGAAGCCUGGUGUCUCCUACCCGGUCCUCACCCCUAACCUCAAGGGCUUCCAGGCCGCUGUCGAGGCUGGAGCCUCGGAGGUCGCCAUUUUCGGAGCAGCCUCUGAGCUCUUCAGCAAGAAGAACAUCAACUGCUCUGUGGAGGAGAGUCUGCAGCGCUUCGAGCAGGUCAUGGUGGCAGCUAAAGCGGCCGGUGUUCCCGUCAGAGGCUAUGUGUCCUGUGUGCUUGGAUGCCCGUACGAAGGCAAGGUGGCACCUGCUAAAGUCGCACAGGUAGCAAAGCGUCUGUACUCCAUGGGCUGCUACGAGAUCUCCCUGGGCGACACCAUAGGGGUGGGCACCCCGGGGGGCAUGAGUGAGAUGCUGGAGGCGGUGAGCAAGGUGGUGCCGGUGGGGGCGCUGGCCGUGCACUGCCACGACACCUACGGCCAGGCCCUGGCCAACAUCCUGGUGGCCCUGCAGAUGGGCGUCAGCGUGGUGGACUCCUCGGUGGGCGGGCUGGGCGGCUGCCCCUACGCCCAGGGGGCUUCUGGGAACGUGGCGACGGAGGAUGUUGUGUACAUGCUGCACGGCCUCGGCAUCCAGACGGGCGUGGACCUCCCCAAGUUGAUGGAUGCCGGAGCUUUCAUCUGCCACUCCCUCAACCGAAGGACUAGCUCCAAAGUGUCCCAGGCCACCCACUGCAAGCUGUGAGCUGGGUCCCUCUCCCGCGGCCCACGUCUAGUGCAAUACAUCGUUUUCAAAGAAAGGUGCAAAGGUUGGGUUCGCUCGGGCUGGGAAGGUCAGGGUUUUGUACACGUGGCUGGCAACACCAAAACACAACAGCUGGUAACACGUUUGGUGGGAUUCCGUCGGAUUCAAAUGUGAGAAACGCAUGAUUCCUACUAGCGACACAAUCUGUGUCGCCUCUUGCUUAUACACAUGCAGGUGAAGUACAGGCCUGGGCUUUCUAUGAACUGCAUUUCUAUGAGGUUGAUUUCUCAACAUUGGUUCUCUAUGGUGCCUUAUAUGCAUAGUCUGUUGAAUACACCCAAAUGCCUGUCACAUGCUGUUAUGACAGAUUUUCUUUCCUCUUUGUCGUAAAACUCAACCUUGGAGACAGCCGUUCUUUCAUAUUUGUUAAUCUUCCGACAUUUUAAGGACUUGAGAAACCAGUAAUGAGGAUGUAUGUUGGGUGUGAUUACAAAGGGCACAAAUUUCUCUAUUUAUUAGAUUUCUAUGAGCAUCAGGGAAUAAUGGCUUAAUGGUGGUCAUGAGCUCUUUUCCAGUGGAAGAGGGGGGAUUAUCAGGUCCCAUGAUGCAACAGUGGUUCACAUUAAUUUAGCUUUUCCAAUGUUUUUUUAAAAGUGUGUGUGUGUGUCAUUGUGUGUGUGGGUCAUUGUGUGUGUGAGGUUCUUAAGAAUAAAAAAAAAAAACUGCUGUUUAUCAUGUUAAUGUCACAGUCUUGUCUUUUUUGACCAUGAUAAUUAAAGGAGCAUUUACCACCUUGU